UGUCCCCACCCCAAUCAGCGCGGCCCACCUGGCUUUAUCAGCCGCUGUCGCGGGCAGCAUGGCCACUCUCUCCGCUCAGGCCUCCGCUGACACCUGUGGAUAAGUAGCUGCAGUGGCCGACACGGAAACACUGUCGCCGGCUGGGACCAUGGCCAGGACUGGUUUCUGCGACUCCAAGCCCCUGUUGGACUUACACAAGAAGGCGGAUGAGAGGCGAGCCCCGCUAAGAGCUUGGGCUAAUGCCUGUGUGCCCAUAGACCACUGGCAGCCUGCAGAGGUAGACGAGUCCAGGAUGGCCCCUGUGAAAAUGGAGACUGAAUGCAGAUGGGAAAGGAGGUUAUCGACGCAGACAAAUGAAGACAUCAUCAUGGGGUUCCAUGAAGACAGUCGCACAUGCUCAGAUGAUGGCUGUAUGGACAAGCCGGUGCUUCUUCACCCUCUCGGGCUGCAGGGUCUUCACAGCCUCCAGGCACUUGUACCCAGCUUGCUGCGCCGUGAAGUGGAGUUAGCGCUGGAGAAGCUGGACCUCAUAUGGGACCGGACAUACGCAUGGGACAUGUUCUUGGAUAUGAUGAGAACUCAAACACAAAACUCUAUGCCCAGCGCUGACCUGCCCCGGCCCUUUACUGAUGUCACUCGUGCUGUCCUGGUGGACUGGCUCAUUCAAGUUCAUGAGAUGCUGCAUUUUCAAGCAGAGACCCUCUAUCUGGCCAUACACCUCCUCAACCGCUCCCUGCGUCAGAUCAAGGUGAACACGGCCAACCUGCAGCUCCUCGGCAUGGUUUGCCUCUUCCUUGCUGCAAAGAAGGAAGAGUGUCUCCUCCCUGAGGUGUCUGGGCUCUGCUACUUGAUGGACAACACCUACACUAAGCAUCAGCUGCUGCGAAUGGAGCGCAAAGUCCUCUGCGGGCUCAAAUUCGAUUUGUCCUACUGUCCCCCUCUGCAUUUCCUCUUCCUCCUUGGCUCUGUAGCUCGCUGCAGUGCAACGGUGGUGUGGAUGGCUCGGUAUCUGCUGGAGCUGUCUCUCCUCGAAAGCCAGUGUGUGGUGUUUCUGCCCGUGCAGCUUGCAGGAGCGGCCCUCUGCUUGUCCCGCCAAGUUCUGCAGGAGCCCCCGACCCCAGAAGGAGAGGCUGCCUGGUGUCUGGCCUCCAGCAUCCAUGUUGGCAGUGAGACCGCCCUGCUGAGGAUCAUGCACAUUCUGGCCAGCGCUGCAGCCAAGGCCCACACCCGAGAGACCUGUGCUACUUUUAUUAAAUUCUCCUGCCCAGAGACCAUGCACGUCAGCAGACACCCAGGUCUAAAUGACGCUCCUGCUCUGCUAGGCAUAUGCACCUAACAUUCCUAACUCCUAGAAAUGUAAUUAUCCCGAGGUGUAAAGGUGGAGAUCACCCAAGCAAUUUCACCUACUUGGCUGUGGAUCCCAAGGAGUUGCCAUGGAAAUGGGUGAGGAAGAAGAGUGAUUUUUGACACCUAACCUUGUUUAACAAAGAAUGCCAUGCACUUUGCAUGUUUAUGUAAGAGCCAAACGAUUGGCACACGUUUUAUGAUCUUAUCUUGCAGCCGGUUUAGAAAAUAUUUGAAUUGUAUUGAUGUCGCUAUUAGUAAAGAGGAUGUCCAUCAAGUUAUUUCUAAAGUUUUAAUGUAAAAAUAAAGUGUCUGCUGCAAUGUU